AUGAAUUGUGCAAAGACGUUCUAUCAAAACAGCAUGCAGAGCCAUAACCUUUGCAAUACAAAUACUAUCAACAAGCAUACUUUACUGCUCCAUGCUGAUGACAAGAAGCAUAGAGCGAAAGCAAAAGCUUACCAUGCUUCUCAUAAUCAAUCUUCUCAAACUGUAGUAUCGGCUUCAAACAAGGAGGUGUCUGGUGACAAACCAUUUGCCAGUUCUGAUGGAUCAAAUAAUAUGAAAAAUGAAGAUAAAUCGAAGGAUGAAUCAGUCAGUUGCAAAUUGGUUGCAGAAGCCAAAAAUGGAAGUUUGGAACAAAGAAAGAUAAAAGAUGGUGCAAGUGAAUCUACUAAUUGUGACGUAAUACAAACAGGAGAAACAGAAAAAGCAGAUAAACAACCAAAGAAAAGCACGCAUCCUGGAGAUCAAGAUAAGCAAUCUAAGAAUCAAAUGGUGAAGAUUAAAAAAUUACAAAGGAUUGUAAUUAAGAUGGUCGAAGAAUUUGGUGCCGCUGAAGAAGAGGAACAACUUCAGGCAAAGUUAAUGGACAAGAUAAAUUCAAGCCUCCGCUUUGUGGUUGACAACAAGAAAACAAGUUAG